GAUUCAGGCUUCUUCCUGUCCCCGCUUCCUCCCUUUAAGCGUUUGGCUGCCGGUACCGGUCUCCGCUGGGUUGUGCGCAGUCCGAAUGGCAGAGGGCUGCGCUGGUUCGGAGCCGCUCCGGGUAUGAGUGAGGAGGCUCGUCCCGGGCACUGAGCAGCCGGAGCCGGCCAGGAUGCCGAUCCCUCCGCCCCCUCCGCCCCCGCCCGGCCCCCCGCCGCCUCCCACCUUCAGCCAGGCGAACACAGAGCCGCCGAAAUUGAGCCGAGAGGAGCAGCGGGGGCGCGGGGCCCUCCUGCAGGACAUCUGUAAAGGGACCAAGCUCAAGAAAGUGACACAGAUCAAUGACCGGAGCGCACCGAUCCUGGAGAAGCCCAAGGGUGGCGGAGGCGGCAGCUACGGUUCUGGCUCGGCUGCGAUCCAGCCCAAAGGAGGCCUCUUCCAAGGUGGCGUCCCCAAGCUCAGACCCGUAGGAGCAAAGGACACCUCAGACGGCUCCAGUAAGCAAACGCUGCAAGUCCCCGGCUCCCGAGCAGCCGCCCCCAGGCCCCCGGUGCCCGCCAGCAACAGCCGACCUCAGGAUGAUUCCGACAACAGCCGGGCCUCCCCCCCGGAGCUGCCGCGCACGCAGAGGCCCUCCCUGCCCGACCUCUCCCGGCCCAACAGCGCCGGCAGCACCGGCAUGAAGCACAGCUCGUCCGCCCCGCCGCCCCCCCCGCCGGGCCGCCGUGCCGCCGCGCCUCCCGCCCCCCCUCCUGCCCACGGCACCAAGGCGUCUUCCUACAACCGCGAGAAGCCCCUGCCGCCCACCCCGGGACAGCGCCUGCCCGUGAGCAGGGACGGGCCCCCCGCCCCGCCACCCAUCAAGCCCCCUCCCUCCCCGGUCAGCCUCCGGACGGGGUCGGGAGCUCAGAGCCAGUCCCUCGCCCCGCCGCCGCCCCCCUAUCGGCAGCCCCCGGGGGUCCCCAACGGCCCCUCCAGCCCCAUCGGCGAGUCUGCCCCGGAGCUGCCGCAGAGACACAACUCCUUGCAUAGGAAGGCGCCGGGGCCCUUGCGGGGUCUCGCGCCGCCGCCGCCUGCUUCAGCCUCCCCGUCUCUCCAGAGCAGUCGUCCCCCUCCGCCGGCCAGAGACCCCCCCAGCAGAGGAGCAGCCCCGCCGCCGCCGAUGCUGCGUAACGGCGGGCGAGACGCCCCGCCGCCCCCGCCCCCCUACAGACUGCACGGGUCCGCGGAGCCGCCGAGCCGAGGGAAGCCGCCACCGCCGCCCACGAGGACGCCGGCCGGGCCCCCCCCGCCGCCCCCGCCCGUGAGGAACGGCCACCGGGACUCCAUCUCCGCCGUCAGAGCUUUUCUGGAUGACUUUGAAUCCAAAUAUUCCUUUCACCCUGUCGAAGACUUUCCAGCCCCAGAAGAGUAUAAAUACUUCCAGAGGAUCUACCCCAGCAAAACGAACAGAGCUACCCGUGGGGCCCCCCCUCUGCCUCCCAUCCCCAGGUGAAAGCGAGCCGCGCAGGCAGCUUGUUCCUGAGCAGAGAUACGGACCUCCUUCCCCUUCCUCAGAUGGAUCCUCCCCACCUCCCUGCCCCCUAGGAACCUGCAUGAGAAACUCCCAGCGUCUUUGGUUUUCCCAGCUGUGCAAGGAAGAGCAGAUAACCCCAGCUCGGCCGUCUCCGCCAGCCCCACUUCAUCUAUGCACCUCACCCUGGACUCGGGGACCUUGCUGGCAGGCCCGGGUGGGUCCUUUCCUCCGCUCGCUCGUCGCAGCUCCUGGGACCUGUCGGGACGGCGCUUCUCGCUGCGGUCUGAGCGUGAGGACUUGGGGCAGGUGCCGAACCACGCUGAGACCAGCUGACGGUGUUGGGACCAGAACCGGCUCGCUGCCCCGUUUUCCUCUGGGCUGGGGCAGGCUGAGGGUGUUGUGCGGGCUUGGAAAGGAGCUGGGGUAGGUCAGAGUUGCAGAGGGGUACAGGAAAAGGGGCGUCUCCGAGGGCACUCCGUCUGGGACACUCAUGGGCAGAAAUGCUGCAUAUUAAUCCGUUAAGCUAACAGUGAGACGAGGAGGAGCAAGCAGAAUGUUUUGUUACCCAAACACAGCAAAUUGCUUUUUUGCACAGAAGCCAGUGAAGGAGCAUGUGACGAUUGGGACCAUCCAGAAAGAGCCCGGCGGUGCCGGGCUGCACGGCCUGUGCCCCAGGGAGGCCGGAGCGGCUGCUCCGGGCAGGGACCGGGAGCUGGGGGCUGUGGGGCAGCUCGGCGGGGAAGCCGCAGCCUUCCCUGCCGCUCUGCCUCUGCGCUCCCGCGGCGGGGAUGCUCCCUGCGGCCGCACGGCCCCCCUGUGCCGUGCCCCGGCCUCGCGCGGGAGCCGGCCGGCCGGCGGGGUUUCAGCCCCUUGCCUGGCACAGCCGGCGUGGUGGGACCCCAGCCCCUGCCGGCGCCUCUCGAGCCGGCGGCGGAGGGAGCCGGAGCCCCGCGCGCAGCCCCCCGGGGCAGCCCUGCUUUUAAGGCUGAAUUACCAAACGGAGCGUUUUACCAGGAAAACACUUAAUGGUCCGUGGAAGCAGCAGAGAGAUGCAGGAUUUUGUUUUGUUUUUGUUUUUUCUUUCUUUUUAACGUGAGGGCAGGGAGCGUUGGGGGCGGGAAGGGACCCGUGCCGGGGCGCAGGACAGUGGUGCCCUGGCGCUGGGGUCAUGCUCCCCCCAGCAGCGCCGGGGCCCCUCGUCCCUGGCUGACGUUUUGCCUUAUCUACACUACUUCUGUCAGGCUGUUGGUACCAGGCUGGUGUCUCUGUAUUUACUCGCAGUACCGGGGUGGGCUUUACAUUAAUCAUAGUUACUGAUCUAUUUUGUACGUUGUAAAAAAGCUUGUAAUAUAGGAGGAAGGUGGGCUCGUUGCAGGUGUACUAAACCCUCACCUUUAACUGCUAUUUUUUUUCCUACGAUGAUGGGAAGUUGCCCUUUUUCGGGGGGUGCCGGGCAGCACUCAUGUUGAGGGCCGCUGCCUGGCCGAGGAAGCCCGGGGGGGUCGCUUGGGUUCGUCUCCCCCAGCGCCGCGGCUGGGGGGGGUCCGUGCACUGUGCCCUUGUCCUUAAAGAGAGGCAGACAGAGGUUCUCCCUGCCCACGGGUGGCCCCCGUGGAAGCCGGGGGGGCUCUUUUAAGAGGGAAACAGAAUAAAAAACCAAUAAGCUCGAAAUUGCAUUUAAAUAAAAGUAAUAAAGGUGCACACGUGGUCAA